AGAGAGAGAGAGAGAGAGAGAGAGAGAGAGAGAGAGAGAGAGAGAGAGACAAUGUACGGCGGAGUAGUGAGCAGUUCUUACGAUAAACGACCACAGAGGAAGAAGAAGACGACCACCACCACCACCACCUCAGCCACCACCACCACCACCACCCUCACCUGCUCAGGGAGGGGGGGUGGGGGGUGUUCCUCGGAGUGUGGGGGGGGUGGUAAGGGAGACGACCACCACCACCACCACCACGACCACGACACACCGACUCUCUAUCAAAAAUUCUUUAAUAUUAUCAAGAAAUUGUCUGGAGGAGAUAAACAAGAGGAUGACUUGGACACAUUCAGCGUGAGUGUGCCGCGGUACAGGCCAGAGGAACUAGACAAGCUGGCCAGGACUACUAAAUUCACACGUCGAGAGAUUCAGCUCAUCUAUCGCGGCUUUAAACAGGAGUGUCCGACGGGUCUGGUGGAUGAAGAUGGAUUUAAAGACAUAUUUGCUCAGUUUUUCCCACAAGGAGAUGCGUCACAGUAUGCUCACUAUGUGUUUAAGACGAUAAAGAGAGAGAAAGAGGUGCAGAUCAGUUUCCAGGACUUUCUUGCGGCGCUGUCCACUGUGUCACGAGGAACAACACAGGAGAAGCUACAGUGGAUCUUCGGCCUCUACGAUGUCAACAAGGACGGUCUCAUCACCAAGGCGGAGAUGGUCGAUGUGGUUACGGCAAUUUAUGAGAUGUUAGGGCGAUCCACACAACCGUUAGUGGAUGACACGUCGGCUAAGGACCAUGUGGAGCGGAUAUUUCACCUGAUCGACACCAACAACGACGGAGCAAUAACAAUAGAGGAACUGGCUGAGUGGAUAUCGAGAGAUGAAAAAAUUGUGGAGUCAUUGAAGAGGAUGGACACAGUACUGUAUACACCUCAUGACGCCUCCGCAGCCGCCACACGACCUUCCCUCAGCCGCCCCUAAGCCGCUCACACCACCAAGCACCUCCAAACUAGCCCACGCGUCCCCAUGUCUCCAGGAAAUGAGGAAAUAAGGCGGGAUUUUGAAAUGAGUCGAGUUUGUUUACGUUUGGUACCAUUUUCUUUGGUGUUUUUUUUAUGGGUGACUUAAAUGUUUUGUUGUCUUGUGAUUUUGUGUGUUUGUGUGUUUGUGUGUGUGUUUUCGUGUUUUCUUCAGGGCUGUGUUGUGUUUUAUGUGUGUUUGUGUGUUUUUCUUAAGUUUUUUUUCGUUUUUCUUAAGUUUUUUUUUUUUAAUGUGAAAUGAAGUUAUGAAAUAUUUAUGAUGUUAUUUUGGGUGUUUUAGUUUGUUUAUGGUGAUUGAAGUCUCUCUCUCUCUCUCUCUCUCUCUCUCUCUCUCUCUCUCUCUCUCUCUCUCUCUCUUAGACAUUUCACGGAACACUAAACUAAAUUUCUCCUUCCGUUUUUUAAGUCAAUAAGAAUGAAAUGUAGAAAAGAACAAGUAUAUUUACAAAAAGGCGAAAAAAUUUAACAUUGCUACUAAUAUCCACUCAUUUUUUUUUUUAAGAGAGACUAAACUAAAUUUAUCUUUCCGUUUUCUUCGUCGGUAAGGAAAAAAUGUAGAAAAAGAACAAGUAUAUUUAGAAAAAGGCGAAAAAAUUUAACAUUGCUAUUAAUAUCCAGUCUCAUUUUUUUUCUUAUUUUAAGAGACUAAACUAAAUUUCUCUCUCCGUUUUCUUCGUCGAUAAGGAAAAAAUGUGGAAAAAGAACAAGUAUAUUUAGAAAAAGGCGAAAAAUUUAACAUUGCUAUUAAUAUCCAUUCUCAUUUUCUUUGAUAUUUCAAGAGAGACUAAACUAAAUUUCUCUCUCCGUUUUCUUCGUCGAUAAGGAAAAAAUGUGGAAAAAGAACAAGUAUAUUUAGAAAAAGACGAAAAAAAUUUAACAUUGCUAUUAAUAUCCAGUCUCAUUUUCUUUGAUAUUUUAAGAGAGACUAA